AUGAAGCGCACUCACUCACCUACAAUGGAUGAGCCAGAGCUUCCUACCUCGCCUCGCAAGAAGCUAAAGCUUGAAGAGCCUGCCUUCCACGCGGAAGUCGCAGAUACCGUCACGGAAGCACCAUCAAUUCCACUGGUCAUGGCAGGCAUUCCUUACGAUCACCUAGCUACGACAAACGAUCAGCUCAGCAAACCGACCAUCAUAAGCUCUGCGGAAUUGCCUACCUCAUCCGAAACACCUACUACACUAAAUACUCUAAAAGCUGCCCGCAACUCCGAACGCCCAAUUGCUACGCCAGAAUACCAGGUAGAGGAGUCGCACGACCACUCAGAAGCCCCAGGCGAUUUGCUCAGCAAACAGAUUACGAACGUGUCGGAAUCACUAUCAGCAAUGACGGAUGCAGCGAAUGCGCUAGAUGAUCACUACAGCAAGGAGGCUGCCUGCGGCAUUACCGAGUUUGUCAGUCCUGAUCUGCUUGGCUUCAGUGGCAUUCUGAAGAAGAGAUACACCGACUUCCUCGUCAACGAGAUCCUGCCUUCUGGUGAAGUUGUCCACCUCGACAAUCUCAAAGCUCCUCGGAAGCCAUCCACAAACACCGGGCCGUCGAAAAAUUCCGGCCAGGUAUCAUCAGCGGAUACUAUGAAGCGCAAAACAGAGAUUCCAGCAAUCAUCGCGACACAAGCUAACACCGAGCAAGAGCGACCUGGGCCAGCGCCUACACCUAAAUCCAACGACAAGAAGCAAACCAUUCCACAUCCAGACACUUUCAAACCAGAGCAGCCUACCACCAAGCUCAAAGAGGAUCUAUCAAUGACCGAAGCACCGCAGGCCAUACCCCAGAGUAUGCAAGACUUCAAUAAAUAUGAGCUAGCACCUGCUCCUCCUGUUGACGAUCACGAGAAAAUCUCACCACACAAGCGCAUUCCGCCUCCAGCACCUUCUGUUCCUCUAAGUAUGCAAGACCUAGAUGGCAAUAAGCCAGAGCCGAAACAAGAGAAGCCGUCUCGUCGGAAAGAGAAGGUACACAUUAGGCAAACAAGUCAAGGGUGGGUAGAGUUCGACAAGGGAAAAGAGGACGAGACCAAGAAGCGCAAGGCCGAAGAGGAUGCAGCGGCCGGAGUGCGGCGGGAGGACUUUACCAAGAUGGAAGACAUCAAGCCAGAAGAGACUGCAGAUGUGCCCGAACCUAAUCAGCCGACUUCAGAGCAAGUGCCAAAAGCGAGCACCCAAGCAUCAUGGCAAGCUUUUGCUGGCAGUGCGCCCAGUAGCAGCUUUCAACUUCAGCCCGAGGACAAGAAUACUCUGCUAUCCUACUUCAGUUCCGAUGUCGUUGACAAGAUAAUCGCUCUGUACGACCGCAUUGUCGAUUCGCCAAAUCGCAAAACAAGGGACUAUGGCAUGGUCACGUCAGGAGUCAUCGAUCGCCAGAUACGCACUAAUAUACAUCAAGACAUCAGAAGAAUGUUCAAUUCUCGACUUGAAACAAUGACCGACAAUGAUGGCGCCAUGAUGAUCACAGCGAUGGCUGCGAACCCCACUUUUUACGCUAGAACCCCUAUGAAUACCAAUCCGCGAAAUAACGACCGUGGCAACCACCGAGGAAAUACCCGAGGCAGUGCUCGAGCCAACGGUCGACGCAAUGAUGAUCGUUCAAGUACGCAAGCUUCUAGUGGUGCCAAAGGCAAACCCAGUUGGGAAGACCUCGGCGGCCAGUAUCUACAUUUUUCUCUUUACAAGGAAAACAAGGACACCAUGGAGGGGAUCUCAUGGUUGUCAAAGCAAGUACGGAUGAAUCCUAGGUCUUUCCAGUUCGCAGGAACCAAGGAUCGACGUGCAGUCACCGUUCAACGAGUCAGUGUAGAUCGUGUAUCUGUCAACGCCAUGAUCGCAGCUGGCCGGACGUUAAGAAACGCACAUAUUGGGAACUUUGAAUACCGACCGCAUCCGUUACAGCUUGGCGAGUUGACUGGCAACGAGUUUGUUAUAACCUUACGGGAUUGCGAUUUCCAUGACCCUGUCCCGCUGGAAUCCAAACUCAUUCUCGAAGGAGCUCAGGCGAUUGUUAGCGAAGCAAUCAAAAAUCUGAGCGAAAGGGGCUUUGUCAACUACUACGGUCUGCAGCGCUUCGGCACCUUCUCUAUCGGCACCGAAAUCGUGGGCCUCAAGAUGCUCCAAGGUGAUUUCAAAGGUGCCGUCGACGCCAUUCUCGACUACAGUCCAGCUUCCCUGGCCGCCGCCCAAAACCCCGUAUCCGGGAACACGGACAAGGUCUCAAUGGACGAUAGAGCUCGUGCGCAUGCACUGCAUUCUUACAGGACCACGAACAGAAACGGUCAAGCCCUUCUCGAACUGCCACGCAGGUAUUCAGCCGAAUUAAGUAUCAUUCGUCACCUUACAGGCAAGUCGGACCAUCGCGAAGACUACCUAGGAGCUCUCCAGACAAUAUCGCGAAAUCUGCGCCUCAUGUACGUCCACGCUUAUCAGUCUCUGGUCUGGAAUACAGUCGCCUCGGAACGCUGGAAGCGUUUCGGCUCGUCUGUAGUCGAGGGCGAUCUCGUGCUCGUCGACGACCAUGCCGACAAAAGUGAAGGUGUCACCAAAGGCGAAGAUGUUGACGUUGAUGGGGAAGCCAUCGUGCUUCCUGCUACUGACGAUCGUGCAACUAACCCGGACGACGUCUUUGAGCGCGCUCGAGCCUUGACUCAGGAGGAAGCCGAAAGUGGGAAGUAUAACAUCUUCGAUAUCGUCUUACCAACUCCGGGCUUCGACAUAAUCUACCCUUCAAACGGGAUCGGGAAGUUCUACGAGGAAUUCAUGGCCAGCGAGAGAGGCGGUGGCUUGGAUCCGUAUGACAUGCGAAGACAGUGGAAGGACAUCAGCCUGAGCGGGAGCUAUCGCAAAGUCCUCGCUCGCCCGGGCAAGGACUUCUCGUUUGAGAUCAAGACCUACAAGAACGAGGACGAGCAGUUUGUCUUGACAGAUUUAGAUCGCCUAGGGCUGGGACCAAGACCGCAGAGGAAUGGAGUUCCCAGACGUGAACAAGACAAUCACGCACAUCAGGACACCGCUGCUGGAUCUUUGACUGAUACUAAGCAAAAGAGCGGACCCGCGCAGGAGGACGACGUCUCCAAGAUGGAGCAGGGCAACAGUGACGCUCCCAACAGCAAUGACACCAGAAACCUGACCAGGAUCAAGACCGCAUCUCAAGAAAGCGAGGACAUGGAGCAGGGCGGCGUUAGUCUCCCCGGCGGUGCUUACCGCGACUACAAGAUCGCUGUCAUUCUGAAGCUGCAACUUGGCUCCAGCCAGUACGCUACCAUGGCCCUGAGGGAGCUGAUGAAAGCGGGUGGUGUCAAGACUUAUAAAGCUGAUUACAGUGGCGGCCGAUGA